CCCCGCCGCCAAGCGGAGCCGCCGCCGCCGCAGCAGCGCCGGUCGCGGGGCGCGCUGGCCGCCCGUCGCGGGAGCUGCAUGUGCGCGGGAGCCGCGGCGGAGGAUGGCCGUGCUUAAGCUCGCCGAUCAGCCGCCACUGGUCCAGGCGAUUUUCAGUGGUGAUCCAGAAGAGAUACGGAUGUUGAUCUACAAAACUGAGGAUGUUAACGCCUUGGAUGCCGAGAAAAGAACCCCUCUUCACGUUGCAUCAUUCCUGGGGGAUGCAGACAUCAUUGAGCUUCUCAUUUUAUCAGGCGCUCGUGUUAAUGCCAAGGACAAUAUGUGGCUGACUCCUCUCCAUCGAGCAGUUGCUUCAAGAAGUGAGGAGGCCGUGCAGGUGCUGAUCAAGCACUCAGCCGAUGUCAAUGCCCGGGACAAGAACUGGCAGACCCCGCUGCACGUGGCAGCUGCCAACAAGGCGGUGAAGUGCGCCGAGAUCCUCAUCCCCCUGCUGAGCAGYGUCAACGUGUCGGACCGCGGCGGGCGCACGGCGCUGCACCACGCCGCGCUCAACGGCCACAUCGAGAUGGUGAACUUGCUCUUAGCCAAGGGGGCAAACAUCAAUGCUUUUGACAAAAAGGACAGAAGAGCUCUUCACUGGGCAGCGUACAUGGGUCACCUGGAAGUUGUUGCCUUACUGAUUAAUCAUGGUGCAGAAGUGACUUGUAAAGACAAGAAGGGUUACACCCCACUCCAUGCAGCUGCAUCCAAUGGGCAGAUUAACAUUGUGAAACAACUCCUUAACCUGGGGGUGGAGAUUGAUGAGAUGAACAUCUAUGGAAAUACUGCACUCCACAUUGCCUGUUACAAUGGUCAGGAUUCUGUUGUUAAUGAGCUGAUUGACUAUGGUGCUAAUGUAAAUCAGCCUAAUAAYAAUGGAUUCACCCCCUUGCAUUUUGCUGCUGCCUCCACUCACGGAGCACUGUGUCUUGAACUACUAGUGAAUAAUGGGGCAGAUGUUAAUAUUCAGAGUAAGGAUGGGAAGAGCCCCCUGCACAUGACAGCUGUCCACGGGAGGUUCACGCGCUCGCAGACCCUCAUCCAGAACGGAGGGGAAAUCGACUGUGUUGAUAAGGAUGGUAACACCCCUCUGCACGUGGCUGCAAGAUAUGGACACGAGCUCUUGAUUAACACCCUCAUAACCAGYGGAGCUGAUACUGCCAAGUGUGGGAUCCACAACAUGUUCCCUUUACACUUAGCAGCACUGAAUGCCCACUCAGACUGCUGCAGGAAAUUGUUGUCAUCGGGACAAAAGUAUAGCAUAGUGUCCUUGUUUAGUAAUGAGCACGUGCUGUCUGCAGGCUUUGACAUAGACACCCCCGACAGCUUCGGGAGAACGUGCCUGCACGCCGCCGCUGCCGGAGGUAAUGUAGAAUGUAUAAAACUCUUGCAAAGCAGUGGAGCAGACUUUAAUAAGAAGGACAAAUGUGGAAGGACACCUUUGCACUAUGCAGCUGCAAAUUGUCAUUUCCACUGUAUCGAGACACUGGUGACAACAGGAGCCAAUAUCAAUGAAACAGAUGACUGGGGACGGGCCCCUUUGCACUAUGCUGCUGCCUCUGACAUGGACCGAAAAAGAAAGAAUAUUUUAGGUARCUCCCAUGAAAAUGCUGAAGAACUUGAAAGAACCACUGAGAUGAAGGAAAAAGAAGCUGCAUUGUGUCUGGAGUUCCUYCUCCAGAACGAUGCCAACCCAUCCAUCCAGGACAAGGAGGGCUACAACACUGUGCACUACGCUGCUGCCUACGGGCACCGGCAGUGCUUGGAGCUGCUUCUGGAAAAAACRAACAAUAUGUUUGAGGAAUCUGAUUCUGCAGCUACAAAAAGUCCUUUGCAUUUAGCUGCCUAUAAUGGUCAUCAUCAAGCUCUGGAGGUUCUUCUCCAGUCUCUGGUGGAUCUGGAUAUAAAGGAUGAGAAGGGACGCACUGCUCUGGACUUGGCUGCGUUCAAAGGACACGCAGAGUGUGUGGAAGCUCUCAUCAGCCAGGGUGCUUCUGUCACUGUCAAGGACAAUGUCACCAAAAGGACCCCCCUGCAUGCCUCAGUCAUUAAUGGGCAUACACCUUGUUUACGGUUGUUGCUGGAAGUUGCAGACAACCCUGAUGUGACAGACGCCAAAGGACAAACUCCACUAAUGCUUGCAGUGGCAUAUGGGCACAUUGAUGCUGUUUCUUUAUUACUUGAAAAAGAAGCAUCUGUAGAUGCAGCUGAUCUCCUGGGAUGCACAGCUUUACAUCGAGGGAUUAUGACUGGGCAUGAAGAAUGUGUUCAGAUGCUGUUAGAGAAAGAAGUGUCCAUUCUGUGUAAAGAUGCCAGAGGCAGGACACCUCUGCACUUUGCAGCAGCUCGGGGCCACGCCACAUGGCUGAGUGAAUUAUUGCAGGUGGCACUUGCUGAGGAGGACUGCAGCCUGAAGGACAACCAGGGCUACACCCCCCUGCACUGGGCUUCUUACAAUGGUCAUGAAAACUGCAUAGAGGUACUAUUGGAACAAAAACUUUUCCACAAGUUCUAUGGUAAUAGCUUCUCUCCAUUGCACUGUGCCGUAAUCAAUGAUCAUGAAAACUGUGCAUCACUACUCAUCGGAGCCAUCGAUGCCAGCAUCGUCAAUUGUGAAGAUGACAAAGGAAGAACGCCCCUGCACGCCGCAGCCUUUGGUGACCAUGUGGAGUGUCUGCAGCUGCUGCUGAGCCACAGCGCGCAGGUGAACGCCGCCGACCAUGCCGGGAGAACGCCGCUCAUGAUGGCAGCACACAACGGCCACGUGGGUGCUGUGGACUUUUUGGUGAACAUUGCCAAGGCUGACCUGACAUUAAAGGAUAAGGAGCUGAAYACAUCUUUGCACUUGGCUAGCAGUAAAGGUCAUGAAAAAUGUGCCUUGUUAAUACUUGACAAGAUACAAGAACAGAGCCUUAUUAAUGCAAAAAAUAUUGCAUUGCAGACACCUCUUCAUAUUGCUGCACGAAAUGGCCUAAAGAUGGUGGUUGAAGAGUUGCUGGCCAAAGGGGCCUGUGUCCUGGCAGUAGAUGAAAAUGUUUCUAGGUCAAAUGGACCACGACCCUCCUCUGCAACAGAUGUACAAAAGGAAGAAUGAGACUUUGUAAACAAAAACAAAACAAAAAACACAAACAAAAAGCUAUCACGAACUAACCAGCUGUACAAGAGGACCAAAAUGCUUCAGUAAUUAAAUUGAAGAUUUUGCUACUUUUAUUUUUUUCUUCAAAUGUGAGUUACAUAAUGAAGUAGUUUUUUCUAAAUGAUAAAAUAUAAACUUUUGAGGUAAUGAGUAGUCUUGGGUGAAUUUUACAUUUUCAGGUUUCAAAUUGACAUUUUUAACUGAUGAUGUGUUGACCACAGGUGGGUUGUUUUUCCACACUUAAGAAUAUGUUCAUAUACUUUUAAUGUAAAUGUGUUUCUAUUUAUUUGAAAUGAAACAAAUGCCCAGGAAAAAUACCUAUGGCUUGUUCUCCUAGUUAGCAUUCAUGCAUACUGUUUGGCAUGACGUGAAAUGAAAUGUGAAUCUGGCAAGACUUAAGAGUCUGAGGAGCAAAAGGAAUAGCACCAAAUAACAUUUUAAUUGAUUUUUCUCAGCGUUUUUGCUUUUUAAAGUUGUAGAGUAGUGAUAACCACCUUACUUAAAACACUGAAAAUAAGAGAAGAGAUCAGUUGUUAAAGUUUUCAGUGAUGCCUUUCCAAAGUGAAUAGUAAUUUUGGGGGGUUUUUUAAUGUGGAAUGAUGGCAUUGAAAACAAACAUAUGGAAAAUAGCUGCCACCUGUCUAACAGCAGAAUCAGCAUUUUAAUCUUAUUUUAAGCAGAAAUGUAGGCAGGCUCCUUGGCAGGAUUAGUUAUAAGUCUCACCCUAAAAUAUAGAAAAUUUCACUAUCUGAAAUUAAGAAAAGUUGCUUCAUUAAGAGAAAACCAGUCCUCUUUAUAAAGAGCUGUUAUAUUAUUUAAAGCAGCCAUUAGAAAAGUUUCAGUAUUUUUACCUGCUACCAUACAGUUACCAAAUUUUUUUUUAUUUGUGAUACCUCAUAACACUGGUAAUUGUGUAGUGCAACAGCUGCUGCCUCUCAGUGCAUCCCAGAAGCAGAGGUGAUUUAUUUUUGAGUCAUGCUGGUCCUUCCAGGAACCAAAUCUAUCUUUUAUCCAGGAAACCCUUCUGUGAACUAACAGUGCUAUCAGGAUGCAGUAUUUCAGAAAGCAUAGGAGCAUAUGCUCAAGGGCACUGCACAGGUYAUGUUUUGAGUGUGCUGUAUUUAGGAGGAAAAAUGCCAUGAGACACUUGCAAGUGCUCACUGUUGGCCUGUCCCACAUCUCUCGUGAGUUACCAGAAUCCCUUUUUUUUUCCAUAUGCUACUACAUUAAUCUGUAAUUUAUCACAUGUAGAAAUAAAUGUGUAGUUUAGGGCAGGUAUUUAAGCAUGGGAGUAAUUUUACUCUUGUAAAUAAUCUCCUUGCCUUUCUGUGGACUUCUUACAAGAGUAAUCAUACAUAAUUGUUGCACUUAACCCUGGAUCCUGCAACUUAGAGUGCAUGGACAAUUUCUUUGUCUGCACCAAGCAGAAGGUACCUGGGGAGGGACAGCUCCCUGCCCCGGUGUACUGGCAGGAUCAUUUCGUCCUGUAUUUUAACCACAGCUGCAGGUGGAGUCCAGAGUAGGAUGGGCUCCCAGGUCUCUCUCAUAAAUACYGAGUUACAACCUCCGGACUGCCUGAAAUUGCUGUGAAAUAGCUCAGGGGAAUUUCUGUUCAUCGCUACUUAAAAGGGCACCAUAAUGUGUUUGGUACUUUUAUGCAGUAAACAACUGCCAGGUUAUUGAAUUAGAACAAACACAUGAAAUKAAUUGUUUAUCCAUUGUACUGUUGAGAAACUUGGUUACGUAUUUGAGGAUGAUUUUAAAAAAAAAUUUGUGAUUUUUAUUCUUAGUCAUGUAAGAAAUAUUAGAGUGCCUUUUUAUAUUUGUGUAUAAUGGAAAUGUUUUGUGAAACUUGUCUUUUUUUUUUUCAUUUGAGUGUUAUAAAAGCAAUAUAUUACCAGUACAUUUUCAUUUCAGACCUUCUUUGAAUGUAUAAAGUGUUUCUUCUUUUCAUAUGUUCUACCUGCAUUGAAAUGAAAAUUAAUAUGCUAAAUUUCUAUAGGAAUAAUGUAUAAUUUUUGCAGUGCUGAAAAUGCUUUCUUAUUACACAAAAAGUAAACCUUAGGUCAGUGUUAUAGGAAAGGGCGUUUUAAACUAGUGACAAUCUUGAGUGUGUGUAUAAAAUGUAAUUUUAUGCAUUUCUUAUGCAGUGAUCUACACAUUAAAGCCAAUAUCUUAGGUUUUGUAGGUUUUGUCUUAUAUUUUAUGCUUUAGCAUGUGCAAUAUAUCUUUACAAACCAUGGUGAUACGCAUCUGGUGCCAGUGUUAUAUUUUGCAUAACAUUUGUAAUAAAUGAUAUAAAACAUUGUUUGAUGGUUUCGGUGAGGUUGUGUCAGUAUUGUUUGCUUUUGUAAAUUGAAGUUUGAGGAUGUGGGUAAAUGUCACAUAUGAAAUGAGGAAAAAAUUCARUGAAUGACUUGGAAUUCAAUCUGAAUCUUCUCAAGCACAGUUUAGUAACUUUUUCAACUACUGAAUGCUGUAUUAAUGUAAUAAAGAAGCCUAACUGUAAACUGCUAUUGAAAUGCAUUCAGAUGGUUAUUUUUACAAAUAAAAAUGGUACAAAUACUGUUGGAAAACUGAGUAAGUUUUG